AUGUUUAAUCAAUAUUUCGGUCUAUUAUUUUCUAUUUCAUUAAUUGUUGGUGGUAAUUCAACAAUAAAUGUUAAGACAUUUGUCGAUGCUAGUCAUGAUGAAGAUGAUAAUUAUUUACAAGAAAUUGAGGAUCAAAAUGAUGAGUUAAAUAGUCGUAAAUUCUAUUACACAAUUUUCUCGUAUGUAGUUAAUUUACCAGAAUAUUUCUUACGAAUUGUUAUUCAAACACUUCGUAUUAGAAUGGAUCUAAUUGAAGAUGACAAUGAAACAGUUGAUAUUAGUAGUAAUGCUUUGAAUGAUAAUAAUAGUAGUGGUAAUAGAAAUAUUAUGACUCCAAAACUGUGGCUAGCAUCGGGAGUGAUCCAAGAUUCAUCGGGACAAAAAAGUGGUGAUAAACAAACAAAAACAAAGCAAGAUGAUGGAAAAAAUGAUAAAAUAUUACGUGAUAGUUUACUGAAACAACCACGUAUAAGCAAAGUACUAACAGUAGCUGGUAAAGAUUCAACUGUCAUAAAAGAUGAUGAUUGUUUAUUAUUAUUUUAUUUUUUUGUUACUUGUUAUUUUCUAUGCAUUCUUUUAUUAUUUUACAUUUUAUAUUGGAUAUUAAAACGUUAUUUUCAAAAGCGUAAACAACAUAUCGCAACAACAGACGGUGUAACGUCAACAAACACAACACUACUAUUCAAAACGAAAAAUUAUAAUAAUCAACUUAAUAGUAUUUAUAAUGCGCAUAGUCUUGUUGAAUUAGUAACACCAUUAUUAACGCAAACACUACCAUCUCAGUAUCAACAAAAUGUGACACAAUCAACUCCAUCACCCAGUUAUGUUUAA